GGGGGACGAUGGGACCCUGAGAGCGGCAGUGGCUGGGGCCUUCCCGACCUUGCUUGGUGACCAAGCUCUCCGCCCAGGCCUUUCCAUUUCCUCAGCAGAGGGCGCCGCGGGCAGGAACGUGCUGACUGACCUCCCAGAGCGGCCCUUCCGGCUUCCACCCCCUGUUCUGGGCGGUGGUGAGGGCCCGUGACGUCCCAGGAGGCGGGGCCAGCGCCUUUGCCGGUGCUGGAGCCGCCAUUGGAGCCGGCUUGGCUUGCGGGCUCCGCUGAGGAGCGGGAGGUUGGGCCGCAGUUAAAGUCGCGUCGGGUCCUGGUCCCUGGCCCUUCAGCGGCAUGGCGUGCGGGGCGACGUUGAAGCGGCCCAUGGAGUUCGAGGCGGCGCUGCUGAGCCCCGGCUCCCCGAAACGGCGGCGCUGCGCCCCUCUGCCCGGCCCCACUCCGGGCCUCAGGCCCCCGGACGCCGAGCCGCCGCCGCUGCUUCAGGCGCAGACCCCACCGCCGACUCUGCAGCAGCUCGCCCCGCCCGGCAGCGAGCGGCGCCUUCCAACCCCGGAGCAAAUUUUUCAGAACAUAAAACAAGAAUACAGUCGUUAUCAGAGGUGGAGACAUUUAGAAGUUGUUCUUAAUCAGAGUGAAGCUUGUACUUCGGAAAGUCAGCCUCACUCCUCAGCACUCACAGCACCUAGUUCGCCAGGUUCCUCCUGGAUGAAGAAGGACCAGCCCACCUUUACCCUCCGACAAGUUGGAAUAAUAUGUGAGCGUCUCUUAAAAGACUAUGAAGAUAAAAUUCGGGAGGAAUAUGAGCAAAUCCUCAAUACCAAACUAGCAGAACAAUAUGAAUCUUUUGUGAAAUUCACACAUGAUCAGAUUAUGCGACGAUAUGGGACAAGGCCAACAAGCUAUGUGUCCUGAAGCUUUCUUGCAUAUCUGGGUACCAGGUUUGACCUCAAGAGAUGGCUGCUGUACACUUUUUGCAACUGGUUUGAUAUCACAUUUCAGCUCCAACUUUGCAUCCUGAGAACACUUAAAUGUUUCUGCAGGUCCAUUUUAUACAACUUGAAAGACCUUAAAACUUUCCGGUUGCCACAAGCAUAUGUUUCUUUUCUGCUCAUCCAAUAAACAGCUGUGCCCUACUGUGAUAGAUUUUCCAAACAAAAAUACCUGGAGCAGCAGUUUAGCAAAAUAUGCCCUCAGUGGCACUCAACAAAUGGAGUUUCCCCAAGCACAGUUCUGUAAGAAGUGUGUGUGAGAGUGUGUGUAUGUGUGUUUAUGUGUAUUUUAAGUUAUUAUUUGUAUUGUGCAAAUUUUUUUGAUCUUGGGGAUUCUGGCUGUGAAUUUGAUGCACGACAAUUAUGGUUAAAAACAUUUCCUUGGUCUACAGAAGAUCAUUAAUGUUUUGUGACCAUAUAAGUUGUAACAGUGGAUUGUUUUCUGUGUAGGUGUUAUUGUUAAAUACAGGGACUGUUUCCAGGCACAGAAUAUGAAUCAUAAGUUAGGAUGGACAUUAGAUGUGAUUAUGACGACAUAGCAAAGGUCUGUGGUCCUAGGUCUACAAAUGCGUGGUGAGGAAUUAGAACAAACCCGAGACAGGCCAUUUGACACAUGACUCUGCCUAGCUGUGUUAGAACAUUACUUUGACUCCAAGCCUUAAAAUACCCACGUGGAGUCUGUGCUCACCUCAUUCAUACAAGGAGCUCCCUGGACACUGAACCUCUAAGAAGGAAGAGAGUCUCCUCUGGAGGAGGAGCAUCAGGCUUUGCUUGGGAGCAUGACAAAGGCGAGCAUGGGGCUGGGCCACGCCCCUGAGGCACUGCUACUUGGGAGGCGCCACUUCACCUUUGUAUCACUCAUUAGAAAUAGAAUUUGGAUCCUUUGGUCAGGUUCCCCCAAAUUCUUUUAAGAGAUGUCCAUGUUCAAUUGCUUGAGCUUUGUUUUGGCAACCCCCUGCCCGAAGUUGCUUACAGACUGUUCUUCACCUUAUUUCCAAGGCUGAGGAACAGAAAGUAACCUCUGUUUUGAGGAGGUGGAAGUUAAGUAUACAUUUAUUUUUUACUGUGACUUGUUCAGGACCACGUUUUACAAAAUGCCUUGUUUCCUUUAUUAUUGUUUCGGAAAGGAAAGUUCUAUUAAAAUUGUUUUAGUUUGAAUAUAGAAUAGUUUUUUUAAUUAAGGCUUAUUUUGAAAAAAAACUGUGUUUAAUUCAAAUGUAUGCCAGUACCUUCCAAAGUAAGGUAAUAUUCAGAGACAGUUGUCCUGAUCAGAUGGCUUAGAGAAGUUUCUGGAAUAUUCACAUUCGAAGAUUCCUUAUUAAUGAAUGUCUUUGACUUAAAUCUAACCAAAAACUGCAACAUUAUUCUUUGUACAUUUUCAUUAUAUAGUGUUAACAAGCUUAGUUGCAAACAAAUAAAAUACUUAAGCUAUUUGUU